AGCCCUCCGAUUUCACCUGUUUAGUAUUUCCUCAAUUAUCUGUCUCUUUUCCCAGCUGUCUUCGCCGGUUAUUUUUAGGUUAAUUCUAAAAUAAAUUCAAGAAACGAGCAGUGAUACCUACUUUGUUAUGGUUAUGAAACAAUAAAGGAAGUACUUCUGCCGCCUGAAGAGCGUCAGAACAUAGUAAAUCAUGUCAGGUGACGUACAACCAAGAAAACGGAAGGAUAAAAAGAAAAAGAAAGAUGAAUUAACUGUAGACGACCCUCGUGGCACAGCUGCAGCGCUUGGCGAUGGAGACGUUUUCAUACACUCUCAGCAAGACCAUGGCACAGGCGGACAUUGGUGUGCAAAGGUCAUAUUCUUUUCUCUCUUGGCUGUACUGAUAACUCUUAUUGGAUUGAUUAUACUGGAAAACAGAGGACUGACUGAGUUGGAAGCAAAUUCAGUGGAGUCUCGAUAUUCUGGCGUUCUGGAAGGCUGGCUAGAAGAUUCACCAGAUGAUGACCAUCAUGAUGAACAUACAUUAGAUUUGAAACAUCAUGACGAUGAGGACGACGACGAAGAGCAUAAUGUUGAAUCAAACGAAGAAGACGAUGAAGAUGAAGACCACGAAGAUGACGAAGACGAAGAAGACCAAGAAUCGGACCAUGAGGAAGAUGAAGAAGACGAUUCUCGUGAAGACAAUAUCGAGGCUGAUGAGGACGAAGAAGACCGUGGCGAAUCACAAGAGGAAGAUACUGAGGGUGGUGAAGAUGAAGAAGAAAAUGUUGCAGGCGAUAUAGAAGAUAGUAACGAAGAACAAGACGCUGACAACGAUGAUAACCAAAGCGAAGAAAAUUUACAAGACGAUGAUAUUGAGGAGGUUGAAGAAAAAUUUUACAAACGAUAUAAUUACAAUGAAGAAGAUGACCAUGAGCAACUUGAAAACGACGAUGAUGAGGAUACUUUGGAACAAAAUAAUGAUGAUGACGACCAGAAAUAUGAUUCUGAUGAGCAAAAUGAUGAGGACAAUGAUCAGAAUAAUAAAGGCGGAGUCGAUGAAGAUCAUGAAUGGAAUGACGAAGAUGAUAGCCAAAAUGAUGAUGAGAGUGUUGAAGACAAAUACCAAUAUGAUUUUGAUGAUUAUAGUAAAGAACUAAAAAUCCAGGAUGGUGACCUUAGUAAUGAAAAUAUACCAGCCGACGACACUGAUAGUAACGACCCGAAUGAUAAUGAACCGGAUAAUGAGGACGACGAAGAACAAGGAGAUGAGAAAGAAGAGGACGAUGAAGAAGAAGAAAUUGAAAAAAUUGAACAAGAGGUCGUCGACGAAGAUGAAGGUUACUACCAAGAAGCAUCUAAUGAAUAUGCGAGCCGGGAGGCCGAUGAUGAUGAUGGUGAUGAUGAUGACAAUGACCUUCAAGAGGAGGACGACGAUGACGAACCCCCACUCGAACGAAUUACCGCGCCGCCAGCCGGAAAACCUUUUGUUGAGAUAGAAGAGGAAGUUACCGAAAAGCCUAUAAACACCUUAGCCGAAGAGGAGGAGUAUGAAAAACAGCAAGAACAACUUCGCAAAGAACAAGAAGAAGAAGCAGCCCAAGGUUCCCAAAUGUGGCUGAAACUGGCGGUGGGCGGUGCACUGCUCGUCGCCACGCACGCAGUAUUACGCCGCGCCACGGCCCCGAGGGAUAUACCUGAACCCGAAGAGUAUGUUAGGGAAGAAACGCCUUCAGCUGAUGAACGCAUGACUAUUGUCCCGGAACAAUCUUCACCAAGAGUACAACAAGAAGGUCCAGUAACUCAAAUUGCCCGAGACAUAGAAGAAGAUAUAUUUAAGAAACCUGCCCCAGUAACUAAAUCUGCACCUAUAAUAAAACAAGACAGUGAAGAAGAAGUAAUAGUAAAGAAGGUACUGGUUGAAAAGAAAGCUCCGGUAGUUGACAAAAAAGAUGAAGAAAAAGAGCUAUACAGUGAUGAAGAAGAAGAAGAAGAAGUUGAAGACGAAGAAGAAGAGGAAGAAGAUAUUGAGGAACCGAUAAAAGAGCCAGUUCAAACGAAAGCAGUUUCAGUAUCUGAACAAAAACCUACUGAAACUGAAUCUGAGCCUGAAGAUGUAGAAAUAAUAGAUGAUGACCAAAUUGAAGAAGAACUAGAGGAAGAAGACGAAGACGAAGAAGAGAUAUCAGACGUCGACGACACAGAGCUGUUGAGUCGACUAGAAGCUAAAUACGGGCGUCUGCCAGAACCAGAAAGAUUUGGAUACAAACCAGAACACUUAGAACAGAAAAACGAAAGAUUCGGACAGAAACAUAAAGACGGUGGGAACAGCAUAGAAGAUGACUGGCCCGGUGAACCCAGUGAAGCUUAUUGGCGUAGAGAACUGAACGUCGCCGAGGAAGAACUCCGCCAGGGCGCAUGGAGUUCGAGCGAGAAACGAGCAAGCGUCCCAGAACUCGCCAACAGCGGCCGCGCGCGUUGGAUCAUCGCCCGCGCUUUGGACUUAUCCGCCGAAGCCAAGAGAGACAACCGCCUCCUAUCCCGCGCCAUCGCCGCCUACCUGCAUCUGCUCAAAAUGAACGAACGCCUCCCGGAUAAGAAGCUGCUGGAAGUUGCCCAAAGGACAAUUGAUAGAAUUCAAUUCAGAGGUACUUAUCUAAACGCUGAACCAAUCUACAGACUUUUGAUAAGAAGGUUCCCCGAAAACGUCCACUAUCGGAAUAACUUGACGGUGUCUUUUUUAAUGGCAAACAGAGCAGACUUAGCAGAUGAAGUUUUAAAGGAAACGCUUCGUCUUUCGCCUAACGAUCGUGUAGCGUUGGCUCAUCACGGAUUCGUAUUAAAAACUCAUUACAAUAAAUUAGAAGAAGCGGUGAAUGUUUUAUAUAAAGCUCUGGAAGGAGACACGGGGCCCGCAAUCGAGCCACGCUUCUACUAUCACUUAGGAGACGCUCUUUUGCUUCUCAGUAGAUUCGAAGAAGCUCAUGAAGUACACAAAAGAGGCGCGGCACUCGGGCACUUUUUAUCGCCAGCGCAACGCUCGCUGUAUAAUGUACCACGGUUGAAAAGUCAGCCGUGGUGGCCUGUAAAAGAAACGCCAUAUACUAAUCUAGCUCGAGCACUCGAACGCUCAUGGCGGGAUAUACUAAAAGAGGGCGAAGCGGCGAAGGCGUUAUACGAGAAAGAGAAAGAAGGUCUGAAGGAGCGCGGGGAAUGGUCACAGUUGGAUUUAUUCGCCCGAGGUGCGGAGAUACCUGGGCGGUGCGCGCAGGCUCCAAAGACUUGUGCAAUAGUGCGCAGCGAGGCGGCGGCAGCGGGGUGUAGACGCGGGCAAGUGAAGUUCAGCUUGAUGGCGGCGGGCACGCACGUGCGUCCACACGUCGGCCCCACAAAUUGCCGCUUGCGGAUGCAUUUGGGCCUCAGCAAUACCAAAGAUACAUAUAUACGAGUGGACAAGGAGACUAGACAAUGGCAGACUGGCAAGACGUUCAUAUUCGACGACAGCUUCGAGCACGAGGUGUGGCAUAACGGAAGCGGGUCGCGUCUUGUCCUCAUCGUGGACGUUUGGCAUCCCGAACUCACCGCCGCGGAAAGACGUUCAUUACCUGCUAUCUGAGGAGCCGUAAUCAACACAUUUUUUGCUCCACGAAAUACUUGCUGAAAACGUCUACAAUGCAUAUACCAAUUAAAAACGUAGUCCACGUUUCUUUGGCAAAUUCUAAAGGCACACCGCACACACCCAAUUUUAUCCACACGAUGACAUUAUAAAUGCGAAAGUGUAUAUUUGUUUCUUUUUCUUCAGUGGCUUAGUGAGAGAAAAAGCAACCAAUCGACUUUAUUGUUGACUUAAACUUUUAGUCUGGGAAAACACCAAAUUUCCAAGAGUGCUUUACAGGCAUAAAUACUUCAACCCUUAAUGCGCUUUUCAUGUAGGCAAUAUUAUUGACAAUGAUAUUGCCUGCACCUAAUCUAAACAAUUCGAUUAGUGCAACUCUGAUAUAACGCAAUCAUUAAGCCGGUAUAUAGCAACCGUUACUCAAUAAGGACGACAAUUUGUAACAUCAAAUUUAAAAUGAAAAUCUUCAAGAUAUAUUGCUUAAUAAACCCAGUCAUGGUUACAAUGUUACAGAAAUGGCCCAACUUAUCUUUUCGUACUUAUAUAUUCUAAAACCAAACAUAUCUCAUUAAUGGAGGGACCAUUUGCGCGCAUGAAACUUGUUUAUUUAAGCAAUGUUUAAAACCAGAAAAAAUAAUGGGGAUACGUAUUUAAAGUUGGUAUCCCAAGAAAUUGUUAGUAAAUAAUACGUCAGUCUCAAUAUUAGCUGCACAAAAUAGGUCAUAAAUACCAAAAAAAUUAUAAACAUAGUUACGCAAACAAGUUGCAACCCAUAAAACUUCUACAAAAAAUUUUAAUCCUAACCCUUACUUUAAAUGUUGUGAAAAACGUGUAGUUACACAAUGUUUUAGCUCUUCUUUCAAAUGUUAAAUAACUUUUGAAAUAACAAUUGUUUAAUAAAAGAAAGAAAGGGAGAAUGCAUUGUAAAACUAAUCGAUGUUUAUUAGUAAGGCCGUAGGGUAUUUCGUAUUAGUUUAACGUAUUGGGUCUUAUUUGUAUAAUAUGUUAAUUUGGCCGAUCAUUCACAGGCCGUAUUGAAAUGUACUGAAUAUGAUCUGAUAAAUUGCAUUUCCUCUUGGGAUUAGAUGGGAUUACCCUGUAUUGUAUUGUAUUAUAUUAUAAUAUUGAUUGUUGUAUGAUUGUUACAUUUUAUUGUGUUUUAAGUAAGUAAUUAAAAAAAGUUACAACGCUCAAAGUUAUGGUUUUUAUUCAAAUGAAAAACAAUAUUUUCGUUGUAGUGUAUUUGGUAUAAAAUUUCCCAAAAAAUUGACUUAAAUAAUCUUAAUCUAAUAAAGCUCAUUUUGUUUGAUACUUAAAAAAUAUGGGCGGGUCAGUUUAGUCACUGAGAAGAUAACUUAUACAUACAAUAA